CCCUCACUGUGGGCAUCCCGCUGAACGACUCCAUCGACGACGACGGGACCUGAGUCGUGAGCUGCUCCAUAACGUUCGUGCUACCCCAUCGACGACGCAAUCGUCGGCCGCCGUCACAAUGUCCAGCACUUCAUCCCCGACGUACACGAUCAGCAAGACACUCAAUACCAAUUAUCCACUUAUCGACAAUGACCCGCACUUCCGCCGUGUAAUCGGCUACGCUCGCCCGUCCGAUUAUGUUCACGGCACCGUUGCGGGGGCUGCUGGCCCCGGCCUUCUAUAUCUGAUGGAGAAGAUGGCACCAUCAGGUGUUGGAAAGGGUGGCUUUCCCAAGGCGAUGCGACUGGCAACCGCCGUGGGUUUCUUCGGUGGCUUUCUUUACUUUUACCAACGAUCCAUCCUCCGUUUCUAUGGCAUGAGCGAGAACGCCCGCGAGGUACAGAUGGACAUGCGUGAGAUGGUUGACAAGGUCAAGGCUGGUCAGCCACUUUACGGUGUCAGUACUCUGCCUGUCGAUGUUCAAGGCAUGGCUGCUCGUCAGUCGAGAUACUCGGCCCUUUUCUUCGCUGUCCUCCCUUGGUUCAACUUUGUGAACCACAACCAGCAUGGUGUCGACACAGCCAAGUACUACCAGCAGGCCGAGAGGGAGUUGGAGGCUGAGCGCUUGGGCAAGGGAAGCUCGUCGUAAGAUACGAGCAUGGCGGAAGUCAAAUACGAAGGCCGGGAAUGGUAGUCCGCCAGAGGGUGAGAACAGAACCUUGUUAGGCGAGAGGGCUGACCUAUCGGAUGAUGGUGUAAACAUGGAGCUUUAAACGCUGGACCAACAGAACAGAACGCAAGUUAACGACCAUCCCCUACCCUGACCUUUACGCGAUACUUCAGGAGGUGCGUUGAUUGGCUGGGUUGUUAGAGGUGUUCAUCACCAAUAGAGAACUACCUAUGGACAAGAGGGUGCGCUUUGUGUUACGCUGAUAUUACGGCAGCCACUGAGAUUUCGGGACCUGCCUGAUGCCGCAGCCUCGCUGACGUAUCACUUGACAACCUCCCGAUGAAUUGAGGAUUGGGUCUGGUUUACUCGUCAAGUCUACAAUUAUGACAAUGACAAGAUGAGCCAUUUACAAUUCAUGCAUUUCUCU